AAUAAUUUAAAAAAGUAGUUAUCACGGUACCGCGCCGCGCGUUGCCCUAUUGUCCGCAACAUUUUUGCUUUGAAUACCUGAAGAAAGUUUGACAACACCGUCGUCACGUAGUAUCCUUGGCCCAUUUUCUGCAGUAUUUAGGAGUGAGCAGUUGUAGGUUUAGUCUUCAGUGGUAAUGGUGCGGGAUGGGGUGCAUGGCGAGUACUAACAAAAUCGUCGGACCAACUAUUACACCUAAUUCCGAAGCACAAAAGAAGUCGUCGACCCUGAAAAAGAAUGAGACGGUUCUUGUGGCGCUGUCGAGGCUUGACGAGGAAAUAGAAAGGAGCGAGAGAACUCAACCCACCGCAAGACUGGCAGUCGUCUCUGCUGAAUUGGAGAGCAUAGAGCAGGAAAUCAAGUCGUUUGAAGACAUUACAACGCCUGCUGCGAAUAAAGAUGCCUAUGCUAAAACCAUUCAUCAGUUGUUUAUAGGUUUAGAUCUCUACAGGCGACCAAUGUUGGCUUCGGAAAAUGAAGACUUCGUUGCAAAUGUUAAUAGAAAGGAGAUGCGUCGUCUAGAGUUAAAUUGGCUGCGAACUCGUUACUCGGAGCUGGUGCGAGAGCGCCGUGUCCUACACGCUCAAAUCUUACGCAUACGGUCCCUGUACGCACAGUUGCAGCAUUUGUUGGAAACAGUAUGGGGUAACAGUAUUCGUCCAGGUUCUCCUCAAGAGGGAGCCUUAACCAAAGCGAUAGGACUUCGUGACGCGCUGGCCGCAGUGAGCGCGCGGCUCCGAGCCGCUGCAGAAUACGCGCACGCCGCCGUCCGACUGGUGGACGAUGCAUUACCGGCCUGGAAACUUACUUCGGUUGGAAAGAGUGGGUGGGAGCGCACGGCGGCUUGCGCGGACGCGUGCAGCCUGCUGGUGGGGGCGCGCUGUGCGGAGCGGGGAGCGCGCCGCGUGCUGGCCGCGCCCGCCGCACCGCGAGCCGCGCGAGCUCUCCGCUUAGCUUUAGACUACGCAUUUACAGAUGCCGUUCACGACCACAAGUGUCAGAGAGCGACUGAAAUAUUUUUUCAGUUCAAAGAAGCUUUAGUGCUGUUAAUUGAUUCAAUACAUCAGGUGCUUCUGAAUAACCUGGAGAAUUUGCAGGCAGCUGAGAGAGACGUUUCGAGCUGUAGGAAGGACCUGCGCGCUGCCAGGGUCAACUCCAUCGUCCAGAAGGGCCUGGCCGAAUUGAAAUACGUGCCGAGAGCUCUGACAAGUCUGAAUGGCACUAUGAAAUGACAUGAUAGUAGCAUGUUAAUAUUGACCAACAGAUGACUGGCCUGUUGGUCUAGUGGUGAGGGGCCCUGACUGCUAAACCGGAUGUCUUGGGUUCGAUUCCCAUCUAGAUCAAAUGUUUGUGUGAUG